AGCUGGUGAGACAGAAUAGAGAGGCUCUUUCGGUUGUGUAGAAGAGAGGGAAUAUAGGAGGGAGUUCGAGUUUUCGAAACAAAUCCCAUCUUCUUUUUUGUAAUUUUAUUCUUAGUUCACUCAGGCUGCAACAUAGUUUUUAUAUGCAAUUAACUUUAGUAUCUAAUGGGGGUUAUCUUCUCUGGGAAACAAACAAAAUUACACAGGAAACUUAAAGUACAGCUCAGCUUGAAGGACAGUAUCUAAAUAUUUCCUUCUCUUUUUCCUGUGCCCGUGUAGGUGGCCCCAGUGUCUGCUAUGGUGUCCUCUCUAAAGGCCUGGGACAUGCUCCUGCCCCUGCUGUUCCUGCAGUGCGUCCAAUUUGCACAAAGCGCGUCCAGGCGGCACUUCAUGGAACACCAUCACCUAAGUUCAAACAAAGAAUUCAGUACAUACAGAUGUGAGGUCCUUAUGACUGAAAGAGCUCUGAAACCGAAGGUCUCGCACGAAUUUGUUUAUAUGUCAUGGUACAAAGUUGAGCAUAUAUGUAUUAGUAGCAACUGGAAAGACCGCUACAAAAAUUCAUACGUUUGGGCUCAGAUCCCCAUUAAGGUACUCACGUGCCAGUGGGAGAAUUCCAAAAAUAGAUAUAUGGAGAAAAGGAGCUACAACUAUGUUCAGUUCCACUGUAAUGCAGACGGGCACGUCGACAGCAUAGAAGACAUGAAGAUUCUAGAGCCCAUCUUCUACUAGAAAGCCUCACCAGCUC